UGUUCUGGGGGAGGGGACGGGGGGUCUCCGCAUCAGCACGGCAGCAGUACCGCCGAUCCCGUUUGACGCCGACUGCUUGUUUGUCCCUGAAGCGCCUCUCUCCUUUCCUCUCCUCUCCUCUCCUCUUUUCUGCUCUGCUCCGCUCUGCCCUGCGCUUCUUUUCUCUGCUCUUCCUUUUCUGCCCUGCCUUAUUUUUUUCUUCCUUAAUUUCUCAGAUUUUUUCCUUCGUUCGGUUUUCUCCUGAUUCAUUUUCCGCUCCGUAUUGCGUUGCAGAAGAGAGCCGCCUGCGAGAGAAGAGGCGAGUCGCAGACGGAGCAGCUCGCGCCUGGGAUUACAAAUAACACAAACCGCAGCCUGAGUAAUAAAACUAGCAGCCCAGUACGCUGAGACACGCAGAGGGGCGUUCAUCAGAAUUGGCGAGCAGCUGGCGGAAGGACGUUCCCUCUCCUUGUACAGCUGCCUAUCGGCUGGACAGCAUGGCUUCCCAUUAGCACCUGCACUUGAAGACAGGUGUGUGCGGCUCAGUGGACUCCAUGGCUCACCACUAAUUCCAGGCAUUGUAACAGAAGGCCACCAGCAGGAGCACCACGCACAGUGCCAACCAAGCAGCCCCCUUUGAUUUCUGAAUUCCAGCCAGUGACCAGCAGAGCCAGCAGCCAUGGCUCUGAACACGGAGAACAGCCCCUCGCUCACCAACAGCAGCACCCCCAGUGCUGUGCCUGAGCAACAGCAGGAUCAGCCGACCCCUGAAAGCACACCCACACCUGCAGAUGGCCCCAUCAUCCCCGAAGCACCCCAGGAGCAGCAGGAGGUGACUGUGGUGGACGAGAAGCGGGUGGAGAACGGUAACGGAGUGGUGGUCGUCCAGUCUGCCGGCAGCAUCAGUGAUCUGCACGCCACCCCUGAUGCCAAACGCCGACAGCUGAAGGAGCCCCGCGGUGGGCGCUCCCGGGUGGGCAGCAAAUCGGGCUCCAUAGCUCACCUCCCCAGUGUGGGGACCAAUUCACCACGGCCCAGCCUGUGUCGCCAACCUUCCACGGCCACCAAUAGCGCCAUGGACGGGGAGAAGCCCCGGGACUACCUCAUCUUGGCCGUCCUGUCCUGCUUUUGCCCCAUUUGGCCAAUCAAUAUUGUGGCCUUCGUCUACUCUGUGAUGUCUCGAAACAGCUUCCAGCAGGGAGAUGUGGAUGGAGCGCGGCGCCUGGGUCGUGUGGCGAAGCUGCUGAGCAUCGUGGCGCUGGUGGGCGGAGUCCUGAUCAUCGCAAUGUCCUGCAUCAUCAACUGGGGCAUCUUGUCGUGAGAUGAUCCCCAGCGCUCUUCAGAUCGAACCCCCGUCCUCCUCCUCUGUGCCCCACCCCACCCCAGAUCCAGCCUGUCACCAAUCACUGACUCAUCCUCGUCAUCCCGACCCAUGGCCGGCCAAUGGACACGACUUGCGGUACCUAAACCGAUGGGACUCCGAACCUCAGAAAAGGAGUCAAAGGAACGGGCGCAGCAAUGCGGAGGUAAAGAGUCGGCACCUUGUUAAUCGAUCG